GCAAUUUGUUUUUAACAAAGUCAGUUUCUCCUACUAGUUUGUAAAAGUACAAAUGUUGUUGAACACCAUUGGCCAAAUCCCCCAUUUAUUUCUUCGACAUUCUUCAACACCUCUCCGAAUCCGAUCAAUCUACUCUUCCUCCAUCAAGAUGGCUGCACAAGACUACACUUUUGGCCCUUACAAGAUACACCACACUGAAGUUUUCUACUCAACCAAUCUCUCUUAUGCUAUGGUUAACCUUCGUCCUCUUCUUCCUGGUCAUGUGCUUAUCUGUCCAAAGCGCGAAGUUAAGCGUUUUGUUGAUCUCACUGCUGAUGAGACUUCUGAUUUAUGGCUCACUGCACAAAAAGUUGGUAGACAACUUGAGAGCUACCAUAAGGCUUCAUCACUCACUUUGGCUAUCCAAGAUGGGCCCCAAGCAGGACAGACAGUACCUCAUGUUCACAUUCAUGUUGUCCCGCGAAAAGGUGGUGAUUUUGAGAAGAAUGACGAGAUAUACGACGCCAUGGAUGAGAAGGAAAAGGAACUGAAGGAAAAGCUUGAUUUGGACAAGGAGAGGAAAGAUAGGAGCCCUGAAGAGAUGUCACAGGAGGCGGAUGAAUACAGAAAACUUUUCUUCUAACAUUUUAGGUAGCAAUACAAAUAGAAUUCUGUCUGCUUCCUGUGAACUUCUGAUUUUCAUAGUAGAGACAAUUUAGCGCACUUUUUUGUGGUCACACACAAAUUUAUUCCAUUACUUUAGAACUUUGACUUGUACUGGACCAACCUAAUAGUAAAUCUUCUGUGGAACUUCUUAAGAUUUAUAGUUAAA